AUGGAUACCUCAAUUGCCGGAUUUACCUUUGGAGCAGAUGAACUCGCAAUCAAUAGUAGUUUUAGUGCAUAGAAACACCCCAGAAUAAGCAAGUGCUCCCCAUUUUAUAGGAUGAAUAAACCUCAAACUGAGCAAAAACCGCGAUUAAGAUUGCACUCACCGAAUAAGGAAAAUGAGUUAAUGCAAAUUCGCAAACCUGUUCGAGUUACUACAUCUCCUCAUUCUUAACAUCAUUAGAUGAGUUACAAAGAAAUUUGCGCACAUUUGAUCUAACUGUUCAAGAGUUAGACCAAAUUAUAUUAAUAAUUAAUGAUAGCAGAUAAUGUAAAUAUCAGGAAUCAACUCCAAAAAGUUCAACUCAAACAUGAUUACUACUGCAAAUUGUACAAUUAAUAAUGA